GAUAUUACUAUUGAAGUUGGUGAUGACCCUUACAUAAAAAUAUUCCGAGCUCACAUGGUCAUUAUUAAUUAUCGUUCUUCUUAUUUGCGAAGAAUUUUAUCAACUAAUAAAAAGAAAAAUGAUGGGACUUUAAUACAAAUUAAAUUACCAAAUAUUUUACCAGAAAUUUUUCAAAUAAUUUUAAGAUAUAUUUAUGGGGGAAAUUAUCUUUGGAAGAAUAUGAUCCUUUAGUUAUCAUCAAAAUUUUGGUUGCUGCCAGUGAAUUAAGUCUUCAAGAAUUGGUCGAUUAUAUACAAUCCUUUUUGACCAAAAAUAAAGCGGAUUGGAUGGAAGAAAAUUUUAAU